AGACCCGCUGCCUCAUUUCGGUCAGAUCCUCCAAGACCCCGCAGUGGACCUCAUAGAGGGUUGGAGAAGAAGGCCGCCAAGGUGGUGAUACCGGGACACCCCCCCAUGAAUGAGGCCUUCUGUUGGGGGGGAGGGAUUUGAGUCCAAAUGAUGGAUUAAGGACUUAGAAGGACAUUUAGAGGAUAUGUUUGGACAAAGGUCAAGUGAGAUGCACAGCUCAGUAGCAGCUGGAACCCUAAACUCAGGGUUCUUGUACCCAAUAGUUAAAAAUUGUAUGCUUGAAUGAAUAGCUGAGCUGCUGAGGACACAACCCAGCCUGCGUCAUGACUUCAGUGGAGAAACGUCGCUCGAGCCGCUCGAGUCGCUCGAAUCGCUCAAGGCGAAAAAGUGGCGGACAUCGAAGGUACAGCGAUGGAUGCUUUAGCGACACCUCGAGUGGCGGAUCCUUCCUGGACGAGACUGACCGUGAAGUCAGCAGUCUCACAGACAGAGCCUUCAGGAGUCUCUGCAUCGGCGAUGAAGCUGUUUAUAAUGACUCGGACCUGGGCGCUUCAUCACCGUGUAUCCAGAGGGACAGACAGCUGGCCUUUGGUCAGAGUGGACUCGAAAGAGACGACGGAGACAGAGAGGACCUCAAAAGAGCUGCACAUGACAGCUUCAGCAUGAUGGUGCAGCAGUACGGACAGGACUGGACCCAUGAAGGAAUGUAUGGAGCAGAGAUGAACAGAAAUCCACAGUGGGAUUUUUAUGAAGACAGGACACAGGGGAGGCUUUCUGCCACAUUCCAACACUCCUUUAUGGAAAUGUCUCAGCAAGAAAGAUCUUUCAGAGGAGAGCACCCAGGCUGUUUCAGCAAUGGAGUGUCAGAUUUGAGUUUGCAGCAUCGAAGGAGUCGUUCCAGAGUUUCUUCUCUUAUCAGAGCAUUUAACUCGGAGGAUGGAGCUGUUAUGGAUGGUCAACUCAGGGAGUGGAACGAUGAGGCGAGCUGGACUAGACCAGCUCUGAUAAACAUGCCAACAACAUAUCAGCAAAACUUUACCAACGGCCACUUCCCCCUCACUGGCCAGUUCUCACCCCAGGAUGGCAACCUUUACUCCUCCGAAGCAGCUGCAGUGUCUCACAUGAACACUGCCUCCUCUUUCAUGGCAUCGUCCCACAGUCAACACAGCAUGAUGACACAAAUGGACUGCCACACUAACUUCUUCAUACAUAGUGAGUUCAGUCCCUUUAGAGUAUGGAGAGACCGAAACAGGUUCCCUUUCCAACAAGGGGAAAUCUCAGGGUUUAUGCGUUGUUCAGAGUUCCCAAAAUGGGGCCAAAAACCCAUGCACAAGGAGCUAUCCAUGGAUCCCCAAAUGAAUGGUUCAUCUAUGUUUCAAGAGAGGAAUAGAAGGAACCACAGGACUAUGAUAACACCUGCAGUACCAAACAACCCUUCAACAUCCACCAGGUUGCAGAAAGCUUCUGCCUUAGAAAAGCGAUGUGAAUCAGACCUGGCGGUACAUUAUCCACAUAGGAUGAGGACACAUAGCCUUGGAAACAACAGACCUCCACCUCAGCGGCCAUCAACUGCAUCGCCCACCGCUGAGAUGACUUGCCAUGUUCAGGACACCAUCAACUCUGUUAAAGCCCUCCAGCAACAGAUCAAAAUAAUGACUGGAACUGAGAUGGCAGCUAAUAAACAAGGAGCACUUGGUCGUGACAACUCCACACCAUUUGGUUACAAAGCCAUAACAGUGGAGCAAAAUGUUCCAACCUCUAACACUCUGCUCUCACCGAAGAUUUCUGUGUCCCAAACAGAGCCAUCACAAACCGGUCAGUAUGCAUGUUCCCCCCAACUGGUGGAACAUGCCCCGGUACGUGCAGAGAGCAGGGGGGGCACUCCUGAUGUCAGAAUGUCAAGCUACAAAUCCAAAGCCACCAGCCUCCUCUUCAAUCUCAAAGACAACAGGAAAAGAGUGAAAAGUACGUACAGUCCGAGCAAAUUCAAAAGCUUUGAGACUGUAGAAAAAAGCAAAGACACGGCUCUCCAGCAAUCCAAGGACAUUGUGAUCGAUAUACCUGAGGAUCGACAACCAAAUGGUCAUGAAUCCAGCUGCACGGAUGCGACUUCACAUCAGUAUGUCAAACCGUAUCACAGCCCGAGACUCUUAUCUGGAGGAACAAACUCUCAGAACACUGCAGGCCAGAUUUCAGACUAUAUGACUGCUCAAAGGCAAGAUGAGAAGGUUGAAAAUUACACCAGUACUCAAAUAACAAAUGGGCAGAACCUCACUGAAGUCCAGCCAUCAUUUACUUCCUGUGGGAAAGAUGCAGACGUGCUGAAGCAACGUGGUGAAGACUAUUCAACAAGCAAGGAUUUGAAUGACGCACAUGUGAGGCAAUCUGCAGAGGCGGCUGGCUAUCAACCGAUGGAACGCAAAGAGGAUCAUAAUCUUUCAAAGGAAAGAUGGAGAAGUUCAAACACAGAUCAAUGUACUUUGAAAACAGCUGUAGCGCCUUGGAAACAAGACCAACCUGCUAAUGUUAACAUCCUAGCAAACGCCGUAAAAGAGGAGAUCUGUUCACCAAAAUACAAAAAUGAAAGUCAACAGAACGUAAGUAAAGACAUAAAAAGGCAGCAGCUACACACUCCACAGGUAAAUACAGAUAAUGUAUCUGCAGCAAUGUUAAAGGACAACCAGGAGCCAAUCAAAUCUGAUACGCAAAACAGUUCAUCUUCAGUCCAUGAGGUGGCUUCUUCUCACCCAAAAGUCAACCAAAUGAAAGAUGGACCAGUUACUGAGAUCAAGCCUGAGCAGAAGCCUACACUGAUGAGGCAGUCAGAGCAGUCGCCAGUAAAGCUGCCUAAAGUUGAGUGCAGGACGCAUAUGGAGACUCUCAAAGAUAAGUCGGCGGAACCAGUUUGCUCAGCAACGUCCAAUGUGGCGGUGAAGGUGAAAUCAGAACACCAUGAAGAAAAGGAGGCGAGAGAGGAGGAGACAAGAGGGAAAGAAACAGAUGACUCAAUUGAGGAAAACACAAAAGCUGAAACAAUCCAAUUAAAAAAUGAAACACAUGACGUUAAAGAACAAGAGAAGCUGGAAGGCCCACAGGUAAUAAUGGAGACAACACAAAGCUCCCAAAAAGAUGGCUUUAAACUAGCUCAAGAUGAGGUCAGAAGUGAGCAAGAAGGUGAAAAGAAAAUGGAAGAGCAAGUGAGAGAGGAAAAGUUUAAAACAGAAGCGACUGCAGCAAAGCAAAUAAACGCAUACAAAGCAAAACAAAAGGCUACACCUGAACAAGGCAGCACAAAGACAGAUGAACAGAAUGUUGAAGAUGUAAAAGAAAAGAAAGCUAAUCCAGUAAAAAUUCAUGAAGCUAUCGAGGCUAAUUCUGUGGCCAGGAAAGUGGAAGAGGUCAAACUGGAGCAAAUCAACAUGGACCUAGCUAAGGUAGCAUCGCUAAAACAACAACACGCAAAGGAAAGUUUAACAAAGCCGACAAAUCCAGCAGCGCCACAUUAUGUCAAAAGUGAGCCUAACAAAGUCGAGCGUGUUAAGACGGAGUUAGCCAAAGCUAAAGCAGAGUUAGCAAAGAUAAAGGAGAAAAUGAAAGCAGAGCAAAAGGAAAAAGUCAGAAGUAAAACGAGCAUAGUGGAGGAAAAAGUCACAAAGGAAGAGGUGACCAUCAAGCAAAGCAAAGAACAGCCUCAGCCAACACAAACACAUCAACAAAAAGAGAGUCCUUCAAAAGCAGAUCAUUGGGAUGAUUACUAUGAGCGUCUUAGAGAAAAAUACGGCUUUACAAACGCAGUUUCACUUGGCAGAAACAAAGUGGCAUCAACCGAUGCCAGGGUAACAUCAGACCUAUCCCUUGAUAAUGUUAAAAAAGUUGAUAACAGUAAAUCAAAGAAUGAAUAUCCCAUAAUAAUGAAUGAAACCAAAAAGCAAGUUAAAGAGGAAGUAAAGCCCAAUGAAAGUCUUUAUGUUUACAGUGAAACAUCCAAAGAAUUCAAAUUAUUACCGACCUGUGCUGAAAAUACCGCAACUGAUCAUAUUGCUUCAGAAAAAGGAAUGGACGUCAAAGUUGAAAAGUUUGAAAUAUCUGAUGUCGAGUCUCACGUACAGCAGAGACAUUGUGAAAGAAAACGGAAGCCUGAGUGUGGCGCUCUCCCAAGUAAAGGCCUACAUGGUACUGCUACCAAAGCAUUGCCCCAUAAAGAGAAAGCUCAGACAAAACAGGAAAUCCUGACUUCCAAAAUAAAAGCGCACGCUGAGAAAGAGAUUUCAGCCAUCAUGGAAGUUUUCAAACAAAUACCAGCUAGUCAGAAUCUUCAUGGAAAGCAGAGGCCCCCACUGCAUGAAGUGUCGAGAGGCAAUGGAAGCACAAUGCCCGGCAAUAUUACUUCAAAACAUCAGAAGGGAACAUUAGGGGUCGAGCUUGUCAGAACGUGUUCCAGCUCUGAAGGAACAAGCGGUAAAACUCUCAAUCACUUGCCGAAGGAAGCUCCUAUAGACCAUAUGAAAAGCAGUGACUCUGUACCUGAAGCACCUGCAGUGAUGAAAAAAGCUCCCAGUUUUGUGAGAACAGAUGAAGGCUUGAUCGAGGUUCAGCCACAAGCGGGUCAACCUGAAAAACGAAAUAUGGAUCAAGAAUCAAAUAAAAGUAAAGUAAAAUUGCAAGAAAAACUUGCAGAAAAGUCAGGAAAAGUGGAAGAUGUCAUAUGCAAACCUGCAUUAAACUCUGAUGACCUGGAGGAGUCAUCACAAUGUACAAGCAAACAAAGAAUAGUCCACAAGGAUUUUGUCUUCGAUCCAAGUGAGGUCUGUGGGGCCAGGGACAGUCCGCAGAUCAUGGGAAUAACUGUUGCCGAAAGAAAGCAUGACAAACAAAGUAAUACUGACCAAUCGUGUGUAGAAAUGAACAUGAAGAAUGAAUUUCUGUUGGAUAUGUGUAGUGAAAAUGCAAAGGAAACACAUUCUGCAGACACUCAAAUGAAUAUCAGUAGGAAUAUGCAUCAUGAGAAUGUUGCUGAGAAAAUGGCCUCUCCCCUGCAGCAGCGGUCUAAUAUCAGUGCAGGACCCCAAAGCAAAAUACAAGUAAAUGAAGCGCUGACUGGAAAAGAUGCGACCCCUGCACUCACUUUCAGUUCUAUAAAUAAAAUGCCAACUGAUACUCAACUCCACUAUGAACAGGACCAGGACAUAAAGGCUGCAGAAACAGCAGACAACACACUUAAAACAUCCAAAGAAGACUCGGUUAAGAACCACCUCACAUAUCAAGAGGAAAUUCAUACAGGAGUAAUAAAUGUACCAUUAAAGCAAACAGGAGCCAAAGUAAUAAACUCAGGAAUCAACUACGUCAAGGAUUCUGACCAGAUUGUUGCAGAGACUCAAUUCCUCAAGCCAUCCCUGGAAGAGGAUGUGGUACCUUUCAAAAACCCAUCUAAAUGUAGUGAUGUAGGGGAUAGGAGUGCACCCCUAUUGACAGAAAAGAGCAAUGACAUGACCACCUCGUCAAAUGAGACACACGCUGGAGAAAUGAAUCAACAGGAAGAUGUCCAUAUAGACAGCAUUGCCAUCAGAGUACUUCCAGGAGGAUCAGAGAUGGACAAUGUGGGGAGAAAUCCCAACACAACACACGCUAAUGUGGCUAAAAUUGAUGCACAUGAACAAGAAGCAUUAUCUAACCCAGAUGAAAGCAUGAGCACAUCAAUCAAAGAUAAAUAUCCUUCUUCAAAAAGCUGUGACGAGACUAUGAAAGAUAACUUGGAAGACAAACUAAGUGUACAAGAUGUUUUAUCCAGCGUGAGAAAAUUGGCAGACUCACUGAAGAACAUGGAUCAAUACCGCAGCAUAGACAGAACAGCACAUAGUGGGGAGGCAGACAGAGCAGACAUGAAUGACACAACAGUAAACGUACCACCCAAUGAAGGAGACUACUUUCAAGUUCAAGGCACACCAGAAGUAAAUACAUCUUACGGAAGUAAUGGAGAUACGUUGUCGGUUUCAAAGGCAAUGGAAUGUCCCGACCAACAAACAAGUGAGAGUAACUCAGAAUCUUCAACAUUAAGUGUUGAGCCACGAGGAGUAGCGGAUAAGAACCCUUCAAAACAGAGGGAUUUGCAAAACAGUGAAAAGAUAAACAAUGUGAAUGAGAAAAAACAGCACUCAGAAGUUCGAUCUAGUUUAUCAGCAAAGGAAAGACAUAACUCAAGAAACUCACAGCCAAAGAGGGAGGAACCCCAGCUUCAAUCAAAACCCAAAAACCGAGUGUCUACAAUUCCUGAGAUCUCAGCGCUGGCGGACUACGCCAGAUUGAAAGUCAUUGUUUCUGAAGAUAGAGAAAACACAAAUCAGGAAUUGCCUCCAGACAAAAAAGAAGGAUUCUUUCCGCUGAUACAGUCACGUCACAGCAGACGCCCGGUGUUCAAUUCUGACCCCCAAGAGCACUUUGCCAAGGACAACAUUUUCCCAAAAAAGACAGACGUUAGUGUCAAAGUCAACAAAGAGCCCAAACCUGUUGUCUUUCCCAUCACUGAGAGAGAACACCAACGAACUGGGAUGUUCAAACUGGGGGACAGAGAAAGACUGGAAAUAAGUAUUUUAGAUAUCAAAGAUCACAAGGGAGUUUUGGAAAGACAGGCUCAAGAACUGAGGAAAAUAAACCAACAAACUCAGGUUGAAAAGGAGGCAGAUGGAAAAGAAGUGCCGAAGUCUGGGAGACAACAAGCUCCACCGUCAUCCUCAGUCAGCAAACCAGGAGAAACCACUGGGGCAAUAAAACUACUGGAUUCUGCAAAAGACACUCAGGAGACAGUUGACAUAGAAGAUAGAAGAUCAAAUAUAAGCCAAUUAGAAAACGUCGUAGACAAACACACAAUCGAUGGAACAAGAUCAAAAAAUUCUCAAAAACAAAGGCUGGAAGCUUAUCACGAAGAAGCAGAACCCAAACUAGAAGAAGUAUCAAGGAGAAGGGAAGAUAAAACCGCAGGCACGAGAGUGAUGAAAGAGGAGAGGAGAGCUUUUAUAUCAGAUGAGAGAAGAUAUGCGCAAAGAGAAGCAGAAGGGUGGGAGAAACUAAAGGAAACUGCACAAAGAAUGGAGGAAGAAAGAAAAGCUAAACAAAAUGAAGGAAGGAUAGCAAAUCCAACGGAUGAUGAAGGAACUACCGGAGAGAAAAGGGAAAAUAGAGCAGAAAGUCAAGAGGAUAAAGGGGGAAGCAUCGUGGUUGGGGAGAGAAACAGACUGAUCCAAGAGGAAAGAACUGCUCAACAGGAAGAGCAGAUAAGAGCUGUGCUCGAGGAGGAACAACGUCUAGCCAAGAGGAUUCAGGAGAGAAGACAUGCAGAGCAGAGGAGAAUUGAACAGAUUCAAGAGGAAGAGAUGGAGCAGCAGCAGAGGGGAGAAAGGCAGGUAACAGCUGAACAGGUGAGAUGUGAAGACAAACAGGAAGCGAGUGCACAACCAAGACAGAAGCGGUUACCUGGAGCCGAGAGUGCUCCCGAAGAGGAACUGAGCAGAGGUGAUCGGACCAAAUCUAAGAGGAAAGAAGAACAUUCAACAGCAGCCAUGGAGAAAAUGUCAAAGCCUGAGGAGCAGAAACGAGCCGCCCUCAUGAUGGAUGCUCUUCAGUACUACACCAUCGCCUCAGUAGAUAAGAAACUGAAAGAAAGACGAGCACGCUCCCCGGUACCUGUGGCAAGUGAAGACACUGGGUCCCAUAGAGGAUCACAUAGGCCUCCAGCUGCUGCAUCUCCUGCUCCAUCACUCCCCCGCUCCAAUACUUCCUCCCCUGCUCUGGGAGCCAAACCCUUAAUGUUCAGAGUGAAGGAUAACACAACGAAAGGUUCUUGUUUUACCAAAUCAGUCAAACCACGCUUCCAUAAGAACUUUGGAGAAGAUUCCAGAGUGGGAUCACCCAUGGAAUGGAGAACAGAGAGAAGGGAGGACGAGAAGGAGCUAAUGAGACGUAACACAGGAACUCCCAUCCAUCUUGAUUCAGCCACAGGAUUAAACAGACUUGCUCCUAUGAACAAAUCCUCAAUGGCUAUGCCUGCAUCUUCAAAGGAAUGCUCAGCUCCUCUUCCACAUCACAAACCCUUCUCCAGGAGAAGCAUUGCUCUGGAUGAAGACGACUCUCGCUCGGUCAUCAGUAACAUGUCAGAGGAUGUAGAGAGUUACGCCACAAGUGCAGCCGACCUGGCAGAUUUACGAGGGUUGUAUGAUUAUGAGAGGCCAGUCUCAGCCUGCAGUUUCAGCAGUGAUGUGUCUCGUUCGGGAAAACCUCCAACGGUUCCCCCCAAAAGUGACAAAGCCUUGCGCAGGGCUAAAAGGCUGACUACACGUAGAAUACGGAAAGAGGUGACCCAAGAUACCCCUGCAAUCCCUGAGGAGAAACCACAACAGAGAACCUCCAGUAGGCCUUCUUCUGCCUCCGCCGAGGUAUGGUCCUCAAAUCGCCAUGCUGUGGCUUCUCCGCAUUUUUCCCCUCCUGUCUCCCUCACUUAUGCACCAAUGAUUGGGUCUAGCUCUAAGCACACAGAGAACCAGCACUCUCGCCUAAUUUCUCAUGCAUCGCCUCACUCCACCGUCUCCGUCUCCCUCCCCGUUACCACCCCUCGUGUCACUGCACCGGUAUCGCUAUCAGUUGCCCCCCAUCAUUCCACUGCACCCAUAUCAUAUUCAGUAGCCACACUUUCUCCCCCUGCACCUGCAUCACAUCCAGUGGCAUCUCCUAAUCUCCCCGCCUCUCUCCCUGCUGCUUCCCCUCAUCUCACUGCACCUGUAGCACACCCCCUUGCAUCUCUACCGCAACCAGUCGCCACGCCCCAUUCCACCGCACCCAUAUUGCACCUAGUUGCCUACCCCCAUUCCACUGCUCCUUCAUACCACUGUGUUGCCCCUCCUCACAUCCCGGCCCCUUCGGCCAAACUGGUUACCACCCCUAAUGCCCCCACGCCUGUACACCACACAACUGCCUCUCCCCACGUUUCUGUUUCCCAUCGCUUGACUCACGCCCCCCAUGUAGUUGCCACACCUCAUGCCACUGCACCCAUCUCCCUCCCAGUGUCCUCUCCUCAUGCUUCUGCCCAAAUGACCCACCCUAUUGCUUCAAAGAUGGUUCCUCAUGUUCCUUCUUCUCCCACUCUCCAUUAUGCCACCAACCCAGCUGCAGUGACACAGUACCAUGUACAAUCAAGCUAUCCCCACUCCUACCCACUGACACAACGCAAGGUGUUGCAAGACAUUGGUUCUGGACAGUAUUUUCUUGUGGAUGCGCCUAUUGAGGUGAAAAUGAAGACUUUCUUUGAUCCACAGACGGGAAAUUAUGUUCAGCUCAAUGUUCGUGAGUCUGGACAGAGCAUCUUCCAGCAUCAGCCAAAGCCAGUUUUCCCCCAGACGAAUUUCCAACCACAUUUGCAGCUCAAACAGCAACAUGAGCUUCACUCUUACGGUUCGCCAGCUGAUAAACCUUUUGUGCAUUACAAAGGCUACCAAGCUUAUCCACAAGUAUUUAAACCUGCUGGUAUCUCUUCUUCAUCUUCCCAAAGAUCCUCCUCAGGAGCCCAGGAGGAAGCGUAUUAUCGAAAUAGCUGCAACACAAAUCAAAGCAGUGAAAACGGACAGAAAUCUGAGGGUCAGUGCUACAGCCCGGAGCAAACGCCAUAUAUGGAUACAGUUAAUGAUAUAAACAAAACACAAAACACUGUUUACAAUACACAAGAGCCGUUCCCAGAGUGCGACACAAACAAACAGCUUGCAGAACGCACAAUUUGCGAAAAUGAUAACUCAGCCCACUCAAUGUUUCAACCCUGCGAUAUAAUAACCAUGAGUGAACUGGACGACUUUAUGGAGAUAACUGACUGGUGAGGAAAAAUCAUUACUAGCUUUGGGGUUGUGGUGAAUGUCAGUAGAAACAAUGCAUUACACAAUACGUUUUGUUACUGUUUUUUAAUAUGGAAAAAGUAUCAGAAUAUUUUAGUUUGACCCUGUGCCAUGCUAUUAUAUUGCUGAAAAUGUAUAUUUAUAAAGCAAACAUUUGUGCUACAGAGUUCACCAUUCCAUUUCCAUUUAUGAAUGUGAGAUAGUAAGAUAUCUCUUUUGUGAAAACACAGUGAUAGCACAACCCUUGGCUUGGUGAUGCGUGUGUGUAAAUGGUCAACGUUCUGCUGAUGGUGUAAAUUGCUGUUCAUUGAAGCUCGAUGUUAUAAAAGUUUUGAUCUGAAAAGUGAGUAUUUAAUGUUGGAAGUUGUGUUUUGCUGUGAAUCAAAGCAGUGUGGCUCAAAAUACACACAGACACAAAAUAACUGCUCAUUGGGAUGACUACCUUUUAGAAAUCACCUGACUGCUGAAGACUUCAUCUUGUGACUUGAAAACACAAUAAAAACAAUAACAAAAUGAUAUUACUGUCAGCAUCCUGUUUUGACUUUUACAAUAUUCCCUGGGCCUAUGCCUAAAAUUAAACAUCUU